UUGAAUCUGUGUUUGAAAUUCAAUGCUGGACCGAGGGACCUUACAGUUAUCUGUAUGUGUGGGAUACAGAGAUGAGGUAGUCAUUUAAAAAUACUGUUAAACACUAUUUAUUGCACUCAGAGUGAGUCCAUGCAAAUUAUUGUGUGACUUGUUAAGCACUUUUUAAAAAACUCCUGAACUUAUUUAGGCUUGUCAAAGCAAAGGGGUUGAAUACUUAUCGACUCAAGACAUUUAAACUUGACAUAUUUUAGUAAUUUGCAAAAAUGUUGAACAAUAUAAUUCCACUUUGACAGUAUGGGGUAUUGUGUGUAGAUGGGUGAUUUUAAAAAACAAUCUCAACACAACAAAAUGUGGAAGAAAAUCAAUACUGUCUUGAAAGCACUGCACUUUACAUUAUAUAUUUUCUUGACAUAUUUUUGCAUGUAGGUUGGACAGAGCGCCGCGGUGCAAGGACAUUGCAUACAUGCAACUGAGUCAGCUUGUGCCCAAGCACGAGAAUGUGUCCAUGGCAUUGCCAGCAAUGACGUUAUUUCCUGUGGGUGGCAGUGUGGGCAUGGUACUGCAGGUCUAGCGAACAGUGCGCGCGAGUCCUCCAUGGAAACAAGCGAGGAGAAAGGAGGAGCAGUUCGCCUGGAACAAGCCUCUGCGCUGACUCCCCAUUGUACCAACUUAACCGCAUGAAUAAUUCAUUAAACUUGCUAACGCACAUUAAGACAAAGACAUAUUUUAGUCAGAUAAGCUAUCAUUUUUUUUUACCGCCUCGGCUCGUGUGGACGUUUCGCCAGCCUCAUAACGAGCCAUGGCGGAGCGAAGUGGCCGGCUGAGCCUCGGUGGAGGGGGACUCAACAGACCCGUGCCUAUGAACCUGUUCGCCACAUGGGAAAUAGAUGGAUCUUCCCCGAGUUGCAUCCCGAGGUUGUGCAGUCUGACUCUGAAGAGGUUGGUGGUCCUGAGGGAGCUGGACAAGGAACUCAUCUCUGUGGUCAUCGCUGUCAAGAUCCAGGGUUCCAAGAGGAUCCUGAGGUCCCAUGAGAUCGUGCUGCCCCCUAGUGGCUCAGUGGAGACUGACCUGGCUCUCACCUUCUCACUGCAGUACCCUCACUUCCUGAAGAGUGAGGGUAACAAGCUCCAGAUCCUGCUGCAGAGGAGGAAGAGAUACAAGAACAGGACUAUCCUGGGAUACAAGACCCUGGCUGUAGGAACCAUCGAUAUGGCUGAGGUGAUGCAGCACCCUACGGAGGGGGGCCAGGUUCUGUCUCUGUGCAGUAACCAGAAGGAGAUGCUGGGUAAAGUAGCAGAUAUCUGGAUCUUCUCACUGUCCAGUCAGCCCAUAGACUACGAGGAGGCCGCUCUGCAGGAGGGAACCAAGAUCAAAUGCUCAGAUAACUACUCGGAGGAGGAGUAUGAGAGUUUCUCUUCAGAGCAGGAGGCCAGUGACGACGCUGUUCAGGGUCAGGACCUGGAGGAUGAUGAGUAUGAGGUGAGGAAGCCUAAGAAGCAGAGAAGGUCCAUCGUAAGAACUGCUUCAAUCACCAGGCAGCAGAACUUUAAACAGAGAGUUGUGGCUCUGCUGAAGAGGUUUAGAGUCUCAGACGAGGUGUUGGACUCGGAGCAGGACCCGGCAGAACCCCCUCCAGAGGUAGAGGAGGAUCUGGACCUCGAGAGUCUGGAGUUUGAGAACCCCAGUGACAGUGGACCAGAACUAGACGAUGACGACAGUGUCCUCAGCACCCCAAAACCCAAGCUCAAGCCAUAUUUCGAGGGCCUUUCUCUCUCCAGUUCUCAGACAGAGAUCGGCAUCCACACCAGCCCGGUGGAACCAGACCAGACUGAGAGCAGCGAAGCCACGUUCCAGGUGGACAGUGUCUCAGAGAAGGGCUCAUAUCAGGAAGAGCAACCAGAGGCAGUGACCCCAACUACAGAGCUGGAGAUGGACAACAUGGACACCUUCCUGGAGAAGCUGCCCCCUACUGGCAAGAUGAAGAAGACCGAGUCCCUCAUCAUCCCUCCCAACAGAUGGCAGGAACCUAAGUUGGCGGGGAGGAGAGGGAGGAGUACAUCCCUAAAGGAGCGCCAGCCCAACAGACCACAGAACGAGAGAGCCAACAGCCUGGAUAACGAACGCCCCCUCGACACACACUGCCAUCUACAGAUCCCCAGGAAGACCGUGUAUGACCAGCUGAACCACAUCCUGGUGUCUGACCACCAGCUUCCUGACAGCAUCAUCCUCAUCAACACAUCUGAUUGGCAGGGCCAGUAUCUGUCAGGCGUUCUCCAGAAACAGCACCUCCCGGUGGUGUGUACCUGUACUACAGCAGACAUCCAGGCCGCCUUCAACACCAUCGUCUCACGCAUACAGAGAUUCUGUAACUGUAACAGCCAGACGCCCAUCCCCAUAAAGAUAGCUGUGGCUGGAGCCCAGCACUACCUCGGUGCAGUCCUCAGGCUGUUUGUAGACCACCUCUCUUACAAGACUCCUGAUUGGCUGGGCUACAUGAGGUUCCUCAUCAUACCACUGGGAUCUCACCCAGUCUCCAAGUACCUGGGUACCAUUGACUAUCGAUACAACAGUUUAUUCCAGGACACUGCGUGGAGGGACCUCUUUCACAAGCCCGACGCUCCAGUCAUAGUGCAGGAGAGUCCAGAUGUGGUUUCCAGGGUAACCCAGUAUAUGGUCGGGGCCAACGGAGUUUACCAGCUCCCCAUCGCUGAGGCCAUGCUCACAUACAAACAGAAGAGCCCAGACGAGGACUCUUGUCAGAAGUUCAUCCCCUUUAUCGGGAUGGUGAAAGUUGGACUGGUGGAACAGUCAUCGGCAACAUCAGGUGACUCGGACGAUGCAGCUCCCAUGGCGACAGCCCUCCUCUCCUUCACCCCUCCUCAGGUGUCCCCCGCCCUGAAGGAAGCCACGCCCACCCCUCCCUCCUCCCCCUCUGUCAACACAAGCUUCAGCUCAUACAGUUCUCCCCAGGGGGAGCUGAUGGGACUACAGGUGGACUACUGGGUGGCUCCCUCCCCGGCUGACAGGAAGAGAGACGUGGAGAAAAGGGACUCGUCCUCCUCUAAGAACACUCUGAAGUGUACGUUCCGCUCGCUGCAGGUCAGCAGGCUCCCCCAGACCGGGGCCCAGCCACAGCCCGCCAUGUCCAUGACCGUGGUCAUGAAGGAGAAGAACAAGAAGGUAAUAUUCCUGCCAAAGAAGACUAAAGACAAGGAUGUGGAGUCUAAGAGCCAGGUGAUCGAUGGCAUCAGUCGUCUGAUCUGCACUGCCAAGCACCAGCAGACCAUGCUGAGGGUGCUGAUUGACGGCGUGGCGUGGAACGACGUUAAGUUUUUCCAGUUGGCGGCACAGUGGUCGUCACACGUCAAACAUUUCCCCAUCGCGAUCUUUGGACACAGUAAAGGGCCUUACUGACAAGCGGCGCGUUGCCAUAGUAGCGGGCCCCGUUACCAUAGAGACUCAUCUGGAACGGAGGACAGCGUCCCCUCCCUCAUGUGCCAAUAGCUUUUAUAAUAGCCAACCCCCCCCCCCACCCCCCACCCCGCACAUCUUAGACUGGUCCCAGAUCUGUCUGUGCUCUUUCCAACUCCUAUGGUCAAUUGUCAAACCCAACGUUGGCACGGCAGCACAAACAGAUCUGAGACCAGGCAACACACAUCUGCCCACCCCACUGUCUUAAUUUAAGCCCCAGAUGUACCUAUUGUUUAUACUUCUGUGUUUGUUGUUGUGUUUAUUCUAAAAGUUACCAAGGCGUCGGCUGUCAUAAGGAGAUUUGUUUCUCACAAAAGUUUUGUUUUUUAAAUCUGAUUUUCUAUACACAAAGCCGAGCGGAAACCUACUUAAAUAAAUCGUUUGGAAAAACUCCUCUAUAACUAGCGAUGCGUAACAUUUCGCCCUCCCUCCCACUCUUUGCUUUUUUUCUAAUGUGGCAAAGAUAGAUUGUUUCAAACACUUUGCCAGGCACAAUUUAACAAGAUAACUUUGUGACCAAAAGGCCCUGAAACAAUGGAAGAUGGACAACACAUAAAAGGGGAUGUGGUCUGGAUCCUGGACUGAAACCAUUUCUAGAACACCCCGAGUCCUGGGGUGUAUUCAUUAGGAACCAAACAGAAGCAAACAUAAUGGGAAACAGGAAAGGAACCGAACUGAAUUUGUCCAAAAUAAAACAAUGUCGUUGCUAAACGUUUUCCCGUUGCACUGCGUGUUUGCUACACUGUGCACUAAUGAAUACUCCCCUAAGGACAGUGACUCCUGUUGUUGUAGCGGGUCACUGAGACCCUUCUGCACUCAUCGGAAGAAGACUGACAUGUACAAUAGACUUACUGUAGCCUGAAAUACAGACCUGUUCUGUGCUAUUAUUCCACUCUUUUUUUCCUUCUUUUUAAAACUGUGUCAGGGACGGCAGGGUAGCCUAGUGGUUAGAGUGGAGGGGCGGCAGGGUAGCCUAGUGGUUAGAGUGUAGAGGCGGCAGGGUAGCCUAGUGGUUAGAGCGUUGGACUGGUAACCGAAAGGUUGCAAGUUCAAAUCCCCGAGCUGACAAAGUACAAAUCUGUCGUUCUGCCCCUUAACAGACAGUUAACCCACUGUUCCUAGGCAGUUAUUGAAAAUAAGAAUUUGUUCUUAACUGACUUGCCUAGUAAAAUAAAGGUAAAAUAAAAAAAUAUAUAUAUAUGUUUGGCAAUGACAAGGAGUGGAAUGAUGGCACAAACAGACUGGUACCCAACAGCUACAAUGUGCUGUAUAUGUCCCUGUACAUCCAAUCAAAUGUAUGUAAACACAAAUCAUAAUUGAGAUGGAACUGACCCUGCACUAACUAAUGGUUGGUGCAUCUCUCUCUCUCACUUUCUUUUUCCACCUCCCCUUCUUUUGAUAGGCAGCCGUGGGUGUGCCACCGGCAGAGAUAACAUAUCACCGGUCCCCUAAAUCUCUUUGUCUCACAGCAACCACACAUCUUCUAGGCUGAAUACCAGACAGACUGCAGCUCACACAUUACCUGCUACCAGAGGCCACGUGUGUCGCUAGAGAGUUUGGGAACGUUGACGUUUCUGCCGUUGGUGCGGCCAUGUUAGCUCCUCUGUUUAACGUUACACAUUUAGCAGCCAUGUUAGCUCCUCCAUUUAACGUUACACAUAUAGCGGCCAUGUUAGCUCCUCUGUUUAACGUUACACAUAUAGCGGCCAUGUUAGCUCCUCUGUUUAACGUUACACAUAUAGCGGCCAUGUUAGCUC